AUGCCUUCGCAGAAAUUCUACGAAAUAGAAGGAGUUGACGUCCUCUGGACGGAUCUGUUCCUGUCCUCGGAAAACGAGAACAACAAGGCAGCACAGCCUCGUUCGCCGUCGACACCGCCACUGUCGACAAUAGCAGAGGCGUCAAGACAGAUGACGACGACACCAACAAGUCCGUCGCCGGCAAAGAAGCAAGAAGCCAGCGAACCGCCUCAAGAGCCGACGACAAACCCAGCAGUGCCGUCGUUAGCAAAGGAAACGCAAGCCGAAACAUCGGCAAAGACCAGAGCACCGAUACCAACGCUGCUUUCAAGAGGCACAAGAAUACAGCGUUCGGACGCCGUGCAGAAAAGGAAGACAAUCUUCCUAACAGCUCCGCCGCCCCCACCGCCAGGGCGCCGAGGACAUGUCGCCGCCACGAUAUCAACCGGCAAGAAACAGGCGCAAACAAAAACAAUGCCCCUGACAACAGGUCCACCACCAGUACCAGUAACAAUAGUACCGCUAACACCAGCGAGAACAGCGAGGCCAUCCGUAGCACCGCCACCGUCAACACCGGCAGCAACAACUCCGCCAAGGCCAAGAAAAGUGGUCUCAAAGGAAACGCCGAAUAACCCAUCAAGGGCCACAACAGCGGCAGAGGAGGCAGCGACCCGGGAACCCAACCAAGUGACGGCGGUCAGGCAACCACCGACCGAACCGUUACGCCUGAUCUCGCCGUCACUACCGCUACCGAUCCCGAUGAAGUUGCCACCGAGAAGAGUGACUAGCAAUGGACAAUACUUUGAAUAA